AUGGCUCAGCAAUUUACUCCAUACAGCGACUCUGAUGUGUUGGACACUCCUCAUGAUCCGUCUCCAUUGUUGUCUAUCUCUGCUCUUGCACGGUUUGAAUUUGAGCCAGGCAAGGGCAACGAGGGCACAAAGAUUUUGAUGGUGGAAUGGGAAGAUGACGACCUCACAAGGUCGUCGGGAACUUGGCACGUCUCCUGGGAUGGAAAGAAAACUGUCCUCCCGGCAAAUGAACAAACGUCAGAACACGUCCGACGAUGUUAUUUCUUGCUCCCUUACCAUGCUACCAUCCCCCCUGUCGUCACGUUGGCCUAUGAGCCACCACCCAGUUCUGCUGCGACAGUUAAGAAACCUGAUUCAGUCCAGGUGAAUCCUCUCCCUGCAAUUUUCCCGCCUGAGCUUGGAGCCACGGCAGUAGCUGCAGGCAAGAAAGGGGUUCUACAUACGAUAUGGGCGAAGAAGCGAUUACAAGAGCUGGAGAAAGAAAUCAGGGAGGAAUCGAGAUAUAACAUAGAAGGUGUGGCCUUGGAGAUGGCGCUUCAAGAAAAAGAAUGGAUUGAGACCAACUUUGGUGUUGGAGCCCGUCCAGCGCCUUUCCAGACGGCAAGUGUGUCGUCAUGGAAUUCUGUUCCUCUCAGUCCUACUACUCCCCUGUCUCCGGGUGGUGGGAGGAAGCUCAGCGAAAAACUCAAGGGUCUGAAACUGGGUACGAGUGAGAAAGAUCUCACGCGCAAACCUUCCCAAGCAAACCGAACAGAAGCCUCAGACUUCCAUCCCCUUUCCCCAGAGGGUCCGGAUGUUGCUAUAUCGUCGUUCAAGUCGUUCCGUCAUACCCCCAUCGCUGAAUCGACUAAACCGUCGAUACCUCAAGCUGUAGCACAUCUUCCCCCCGCUUCCAUACAGGCACAGCAACAACAACUAGGGCAGGAAGGAUUUACCAGCCUCAACCAGAACAAUGACCAAAGCGUGGAUGACGGUUUAUUCGCGAUAGCGCUUAGUCCUCGUUCCCCAGAUAUCCCACGAAGUCCCUUUUCAUUCUCCCCUAAAGAAACUAUACCCUACGCGAAAAUGAACUUAAAUGAAUCAUGA